AUGACCGACGAAAAAGCCAUCAAGGAAAAUAACUUCUCCGGAGUAGAUCCCGCACACUCAAUAGUAAACUUCGGAAAGGACGAGAGAGCUGAUUGUGAAGACGUCGGAGCGCCCGCAAAUCUUGCUACCAUGUUUAAAGAAUCGCGCGCUAUCGAUGUGGCUUGCCGUCACUCGCUCUAA